CAUGUCGGCUCUGCACCAGGCUGCCCUCAUGUCCAGCACGCCCAUGCUCAAGACGCUACUGGACAAUGGCGCUUCCACAGGACUCCGGGACAACAAGGGCAUGAUCGCCCUCCAUUACGCCACAUGGCAAGGCGUGUCCCAGUCGGUCCAGCUGCUGCUACAGAAGGGGUCUCCGGUCAACGAGCAGGCCCUGGACGGGGAGACGCCGCUACACCUGGCCUGUCAGCACGGGCACCACGAGGUGUGUGGAGUAGAUGUGAACAAGCCCAACUCGUACGACCAGACAGCUCUGGAUGUAGUACAAAAGUUUACCUCUGGACAUGCUGGCAAGGAGCUCAAACAGAUCCUCAAAGAGGCCAGCUGUGCUGUGUACGCUCGUGCGGUCAAGGAUUACAGUAAUGUCUACGACCCUGGCAGUCUUGCCUUCAAGGAAGGCGAUAUCAUCACGGUGUUAGAGCAGAGGACUGAUGGAAUAUGGAGGGGUUACGUUUUCCAAGACGGUCGUAUCGCCAAGACUGGCAUGUUUCCAGCUAACAACGUCGUGCUCAUCGACGGGAAAGUGGUGGCUCGACAGCAACUACUACAACGACAACAGCAACAGCAGCAACAGCAACAACUGAGCAAAGGAGGUCAGAUGUACGGCCAGGUACCAGACCUGCUCAGCCGAGGCCCAGCCUUCAACAACGGCGGUUUGCCCAACCACCACCAGCCUCAGCAACAACAACAUCACAACUACACAACGGGUGGUGGUGGUGGUAGCUGCGGCAGCAGCAACAGUGACCGCGGUUCCCUGGGCAGCUCAGAGGAGAGCCAGCCAGCCACGCCCCACAGUUUCCCGUCUACCCCGUGCUCCGGCUUCCCGCCCCCUCCCUCCUCUCUGGUCUCUUCCGGACCGCCUCGGAGUCCGCUCGUCAGAGACCCAAGCGGCGCCGACUCUGGAUUUUCGAGCUCUCAGAGUCUCCCUCAGUACACGCCCUCCUCGCCCGCCGCGCCCCAACAGUUCGGCAAAUCCCCGUUCGUGUACGGCCCCACCGUGAGUACCGCCAACGGCUCCGUGCCUCACGUGCACAGCAACGGGGCCAUCCCGGAGUACCAGCAUGGCGACUGGCCGCCGCCGCCCGCCGCAAAAUCACUUGCUGGGGGGCCGGGGCCCGACAUGAGGGGCGCCAGUCCGGCCCGGGACAGCCCAGCCCACAGCAACCGGAACAGCGCGGCCAGCAGUGACAGCGGCAGGGGCUUCAGCACAGGACACACUGACCCCAAGCAGGUACACAGCUAUGUCAACGUGCAGGUGAGCAACCAGCAGCACCGCCUGUCGGGCCAGAGCUACGAGUCGGGUGUGUCCUCGCGCCAGAGCUACCACAGCACCUCCAGCUCCAGCCUGGGCAGUCUGGACCGGCUCGAGGAGACCGGACACCCCGCCACCAUCAACGUCGCACAGCUCUUUCAGGCGGGAGUGCCUGACCAUGAGGUACUCCGCGCCUGGCUGAGUGAGCUUCACUUCGAGGAGUACUAUCCGCUCUUCAUGCAAGCCGGCUACGACAUGCCCACCAUCUCACGCAUGACUCCUGAAGAUCUCACUGCCGUAGGCAUUACCAAGCCUGCUCACAGGAAGAGGUUAAAGGCAGAAAUAGCUCGUCUCAAUAUCCACGACGGCAUCCCAGAGUACAAACCCAAUGACCUAAUGGAGUGGCUGCACCUGCUAGGCCUUGGCGCCUACCUGGAGACUCUGUGUGGUCAGGGCUAUGAUGACAUAAAUUAUGUCACUGACAUCACCUGGGAGGACCUAGAAGAAAUCGGCAUUCAAAAAUUAGGUCACCAGAAAAAAAUUAUGUUAGCCAUUGAUCGCUUGAAGAGGAUUACGUCUGGUUCAAAACGCCUGUCGUCCAUGGAUGGGCGCACAGCAUCAUUGGAACUGUUGGAACCCCCACCGCCUGCACCACCCAUGUCCAGUCGCUGGUCGGGGGAAAUCACAGCCAUCCCCCCACAUGUGUACGACAACGCUCUCGGCGGGGCCAGGCCUAAAAAGUCUCCAUCAGGGGACAGUAUCAGCACAACCAGCAGUGGGAACAGUGGGAGUAGUGCGGGCAGUGGGGCGCACAGUGGAGGGGGAGGAGGUGGGGCUAGUGUGGGUGGGGAGAUGAGAGUUAUCCCCCUCCCCCGAGAGGAUGCCGGACUGGCGGGAGCGAUGCCCUAUCGGCACAACUCAACGGGCGGAGGUUCUGGUGCUCAGCAGCCCGAUGUGGUAGCUAUACAGGUGAAGAGGAACUUGAGAUCCAGCACGUCGGAUGACAAGAGAGAUGCUAAUGGCCAGCCCCUGAUGUAUCAAUCUUUUCAAGGGCCCACCAGACGUGCUUCAGAAACUGAGGUAUUUAUUGAUGGGCCUAUCUCAAAAUCUCUAGAAUCUGAUGUUCCCACAAGUUUCGCUGCUGCCAGUGCUCAAGCUAUUGAUAAGAGAAAGCACGUCAAUCGAAUUAUGAGCAAGUCAGAAAGUGAGAAACAUGAGUGUGAACUCAACACAGACGGGAACAAAGCAGGGUCUGGUAUUUACUUUGCUAAACAAAAGCAAGGGUCUACUUCAGGGUCUACUUCAGGGUCUACUUCAGGGUCUACUUCAGGGUCAGGAGGACUACGUGUUGAAACAAAUGAACACAUUUAUGACACACCUCAGCUCUCUCCGUCUCAGAAGUCUCCUAAGCCUUCGGUCAUGCCUAAGCCGUCAGGCGUUGCUUUUCCUGGGGCUGGACCCAUAAAUGUGAAUACGUCGGCCGACUCUGGGAUAUCAAAUCAACCAAAACCAUCACCUCCAGGAGGGAAGGGAGGGAAGAAAAUUCCCCCUCCCCCUCCCAAGAGGACUCAUUCAAUCCGCGAACCUGCCGGAGUCCAAGAGAACUUUGUCCCCGGUUCCCCGAACAAGACUGCAGCGACUUCAGCAACCAUCACAGUGUCGGCCUCAGUCCACCCUCAGCCUCCGCCCAACACCAGCUCGGCCAAGCAUCCCCCUCCUCCCGUCAUGCAGAAGCCCCAAAAGCCUCAGUCUCCUGCUGUGGCCAAUAAGAUCCAGCCCCCGCCACCGCAGCAACAGCAGCAAAAGCAAGUGCACCAACAGCAAGUGCACCAACAGCAAGUGCACCAACAGCAAAUGCACCAACAGCAAGUGCACCAACAGCAAAUGCAUCAACAGCUUCAUUACCCACAACCACACCCACAUAACCAACAAAUUCCACACCUGAAUCCUCCGGUGGCUCAAAAGCCGCAGUCUCCGAAACCAGUCCUGUCGCAGAAAAUGGCUGGGGUCCACGCUCAGGCACAGGCGAUUAAGCCAGCGGUCAGUGGGGGCCAGCAGUCUUCGAUUCUAGUAAAACCAAAGCCACCCACUUCACAACAGCCAUAUUUACAACAGCAUCAGCCAAAAUCUCCACUUCCUUCAAAGUCUCCGAUGGCCUCAGCAGUCCCAGCCCAUGUGCCUAAACAGCCUGCCCCUCAGCAACACACAUCUCAGCCCAUGUCUCAACCCUCACAAGGACCGCCUGGCCCCCCACCAGCAUUCAAGUCUCAGCCAGCCUUGUCUCAGCACACCCCGGCCGCUGCCCCAUCUACACAGCCCAAGCCUCAGACACAGGCUUUCACUAGCUGUGUCAAGAGCCUUAGUGAGAAGUUUGGCAAGAACAGUGGCGAGGAAGAAGAGGACCAGUUUCCGGAUAAUGUAUCCACAGACAGCGAUGAUUUCCCCCCUCCCCCACCGCCCAUUGCAAUGGAUAUCAUCACACCAAAAAUCCAUAACUACGGCAUCCCAUCGCGAGACCGGGGGAAGCCCGACUUUGGCCUCCAUCAAAGAGACUAUGGGAAAGGGCGAGGAAGUCCGGUGGGUUCCAGAAACUUUGGUGCUCCUCCUGUGGGGCCAAACAGCCCCCACAUGAAAGGCAACCCGCCACGAGCCGUGGGUCCUGCUGUGCUUCACGGAGUCCCGCCCACCUCUGGGCGACCUCCACUGCUGGACAAACAGUACAGCCACCCACCACAGCUGAGUGUACAUAAACCUGGUGGAGUGGACAACGAACGCGCUCCGGACCCCGACGCCUUCGCUUCCAUCAGUAACGACAAGAGAAGCGAGUCUACCACCAGCUUUGAGUCCAAUGCUUCUUCAUCGAGUGUUGACUCCAACACGCUCCCAUUCGCUAAUGAAAAUGUUGGUACCAUUAAGCAGCGUGCUGCAAACGUGAAAACUUCCAUUGUCCAGUCGGUGGAUAUGGAAGAUGGACAAAGAAAUAUUGACUUGAACGCAAACAUUUUUGACAAUGAAUCUCAGAGGACUAUGUCAAGCUAUACAGACCCUUCAUCAUCAUUGCAGUCAUCAUCACCUCAUUCUCACCCGUCAAACCCUGCUGUGAGUGUCAAGCCUGGCUCGGCACAGAAUCUCCCCUAUUCCAGUAGUCCCCAGACCCAGCGUGCUCAACCACACAGCUCCUCCAGUUCAGGUGCAAUACGCCCUCCAGUGCCAAACAAGCCCAGCCUGAGCCCCAAGCCCUCACGACCAAAGGCACCCGUUGCACAGACUCAGAGCCAGGCACAGCAUCCAGCUCCCCCUGUACAGCCGGCUGCUCCUGUGCAACAGCCACAUGCACAAACAGCACCAGUGCAGCCCUCACAGCCAGCGCAGACCACUGGAGAAAAUAAAAAGGCUCCGGAGACAGGCAAUGUCUUGUGCGACAUCGACAAUAUGCUGCAAGAUCUGACGGAUGAACUGGACGCUAUGCUGGAGGAGGAAAUGGCCAGCUGAUGAGAACGAAGCUAAUGUACUUUGAUAAAUGGGACAAACCUUUGCUUUCAUUUCGUAAGGGUGAAACUUUCAAAGAUGUUUCUGGACAUACCGUAAUUAUGGAUGCUCUGAAUAGUAAUGCCCCUUGCAUGACAGGUUUUUUUUCAUGACAAGAUGUUGAGUUAAACAUUUUAUUAGAUGCCAUCCAAAAUGUUCCGGAGUUCGUGUUAAGUUCAGAGGGCACCCUUAAAUGUAGAUAAAUGAGAGCCCCUUGUUAAUUAUAUUACUGGAGUGGGUUUUAUGCUGCUGUAUAGUCAGAUGACCCAACUUGACUGUUCAGUGUGUAUGUGAUUGCCAGUAUGUACAUCAGUGUUGCAUGUACAGUGUUUUUUAAUCUUUACAUCCAGCUUAUGGGUGAUGUCUGUCUCGUCCUUGAGGACAGCAGAAAAAGCUGCAUUAUUGCUUGCAUGACUGUAGCUUGAGCAGCUAGGGAGCUGAAGACACUCACUGGAAUAUUGAAGAAGAAAAUGAAGACUUUUGUUACUUCAUGAUGGUUGAGAGGGAGUGUCUUUGAAGGUUUAGCUUGAUGAAUGUCUCGUGCAGUGCUUGCUGUCGGUUGUUUCAUCAAACAUCAGAGGAUGUAGGAUUUUGUUAUCCUGAUGAAAUUCAUACUUUUAAAACUUAAGGUGAGUUCUUUAGCUCGGAUAAAGAUAGGAAUUCGUAAAUUAAAGAAUAGCUUGCUGGAUAAAAACUGGUAACUUUUGAAUUAAUCAUAUUGAGUGUCUUGCAGAUACUCAAUUAUUUUAACAGUGUACAAAUAUAUAAGAUGGUCCCACAGUAGGGUAAGCAAACAUUUUUACAGUAAAAGUUGUUGUCGUUCGAGGUUUUAUUAUUCAGCCCAUACUUUUUUAACAGACCGCAGAAAAGGGAAACUUAAUACUUGACUAGUGCAUGGUGUGACCCAUUGAGGUGAUGCAGAAGCGUCUGUCAGCAAGGACCUGACAUCUUUGCUGAUGAUAGAACAAAUCGUUCCCAGUUGAAGUGUUAGUUACUCCUCAAAAACACAGCUUUUCUGAGAAAAGCGUAUAUGUAUAACCCUUAAUUCAAAAAGCAAAAUGGUGCGAAUAACAAUUCAUCUAAAGGCUUAGAUCUAUUUUCACCAUGUUAUGCUGUGAUUUUUAUUUAAUUGUAGGUAGUUUUCAAAAGCUGUCGAUUCACAUGUGUGCACAGAUUUUUCAGGGGAUUUUCGAAUUGAUUGAAACAGCUUUUCUCCGAGUUUCUAUAUCGGAAAUAUUUGGUGUAGAUCUACUCUCAUUCAGUGCUUUUGCUUGGAGCUUCAGAGGAAAAUGAAAAAAAAAAAGCUGUCGAUGCUAUCUAUGGCGAAUGAUUGCUACAGGUCACUCCAUUUGAAACAGAUAAUAACAAGUCUGAUUUUAUUUAGAUGAUGCCCUUCUUCAAGUACCACUAUGAUGACAUGUAAAAAUGUUCAUGUUGAUUUAACUUGUUAUGUAGUAUUUUCUUUCAGUGCUGAACUGUUUCAUCAAAAUUCUUGAGUUUGUGAUUAUAUUGUUUUACGUGUAACUGAAUUACCAUUUUUUUUGCAUACAUCGUAUCUGUACUUCAUUCACAGAAUACUUACAUAGAUGUCUCUUGUUUGGCUAUCUCCACGCUUGUUUUUGUUGUGAAUCUUUUGUACAUAGCACUGUAUUCAUUAUGCACAACAUUUGCCAAAGUGAUUUAAUUCUUGUGAUUCAAUUAUUCAUAAUCAAACAUCACAUAUUGCUUGCAGUGAAUUCUGCAGAUAUCAUUGAUAUGUUACUCAUCAGUCGUCAUAGAUUUUGCUUUAUUUAUUCCUCUCAUCUUCUCAUAUCAGUGCAAUCUUGGUCAUAAUGCCACUGCAAUGUCACAGCAAGCAAUCACACCUGUACUCUUUCAUUUAUGAACGAGUUCACUGUUGGCUGUUUUUUUUUUACAAGAUUCCUUUUAUAGUUGCUAGAAUUUAAUGAGAACAAAGUUAGAAAUCUGCAAAAUAUAACUUAAGAGGUGUUACUGCCUUUGGAUUAGUACUGCCCUCUAUCAUUGUCAUCAAAUGUCACUCGAAAGUCUACAGUCUAUUACUGAUGAAAAGUGCUCCACUUUUCAAUUCGAUUUGAAACACAGAGAUACAAAUAAAAUUGUGGAAUGUUAAAAAGAAGAAAAAUCAUUUGAACAUAAAGGGAGACUUUAGGACUGUAUAAAUGUUUUUAUAGGAAAAUUAUGGCUGUCUAUUUUUUUUUUUAAUUAUUAGAUGUGUCUCACAGACAUCUAGUUAGUUACAUGUUCUUUUCUUUGUAGCUAAUGCUGUUAAAUGUACUGCUGACAAAAUGAUUUGACACGUUCACUCUUGCGUCAGGUGGAGAUUAAAUAUAUUUUGUGAUUAGUCCACUAUAUAGAUAGUAGAAGCCUUAGUGUUUUGCAUGCGUAUGAAGGAGACCCAAAUUGCCUGCCACUGUCAAAGCCUCUUAUUUCAUGAUGAAGACAUUGCCUUUUUUGUCUUUUUAAGAAAUAACUCUUGUUUUUAAGAAAAGCCUUUUUAGCAACUAUUCCUGUUUUUUAUUCUCUGGUGGGACGUUUUUACCUGAGAGAGCUCUCAAAGAUUGGCUUGGAAAGGAGCCCUGUCUUUAUUUUUCGAGAAAGACAGAUGCAUCCAUUUUGUCUAAAUACCAAGCCGCAUUAAUUUUUCAGCUUCACAGUGUAGUAGCUCGGUGCAAUGUUUUUCGUUGGUAUAUGAGGUGCUAUUUAUGGCAUUAAACAUUUGAUAACUCACCUUUGACUGAUUAGCAUUGCUACGACAUCAUUAUUUCACUAGCAGCCUUGCAUAGCAGUAAGGAUGUUAUCACAUUGUCAGUGAUCUGUGUUUAUCAGCAGAACACUUCAGAGUGUAGUACUCUAAAGACGAAGGAAUGCUCUGGUGCUUUGCAUCCCCGAUUGAAAAUAAAAGGACAUGUGAAACUUGGGGGUUGGAGGGGGGGGGGCAGGGAGGAGAGGGAGUUAUCUUUAUCUCUCUCAGAGUAAAAAAGAUCAUUUGCUUACCCCCACUCUUAUAGGCCUACUUAUACACUUAUUUACUUCAUCACAAACAUGGUUUAGUUCAUGGCAGUUGAUCCAUAGUCUCAUUCCGCUGAAGUUUUUUUUUCCAUCCCUAUUAGAAGGCAUGGAAUAAACUACUUUUGAAUGAAUAAACUCCAAAGGGACAAAUACAAAUAUUGGUACCAAAGAAAGUUUCAAAGCCAUAGCUUUUCACUUUUGUUUGGGCAUUUUUACAAACACAUAUUAAAAGCUAUUUUCAAUUUGGAAUGAAACAUUCAACUUUCUGCAAGUACCUCAUUUUCAUCAGUCAUCAUUUAAGCUCCUAAACAUUCAAAUGUUCACAAAACUUGGACACAGGUUUGGAGUUUAGAAAAUUAUGCAGGCAUAGAAAUUGUUCUUUGUGAGUCAUCUCAUUACUUUAUGCUUUUAUUUUAUGAUGCUUCACAUUGAUACCAAGAGAAGGAGGAAAAACAUCCGACUUGAUCUAACACUUGUAAUAGCUUAGAUAUAUCUGCUGUAAACGUACUAGCUUUUACUUUGUGCGCACCAUUUGUAUCGUGUGUUAGCGGCAUGUAGACGUCUCAGUGAAGCGGCUUUUCUUCAUGUUUGUGAUGCUUGGAGUGAGGAGCCAAUCAAAUGGGACUCAGAUUACUGAACAAAGGAGUAUAGCAGGCACAUUUUAGAACUGUUAAAGACCUGCUUUUUUGUUGUUGUUGAGAAAAAGUUUGUAUCCUUUCUCCAUGGGUACAGUCAUACUGAGUAGGUGGUGGGCACUUGGAGUGCUUUGCUCCUUUCACUUCUCUAAAGUUUUUUACUGUCCUGAUAUUUUCAAAAAAUAUGGAAGUUGUAAUGCUGACUUGCUAUGAAAAACAACUCAAUAAGAGAAUCAGGAAAAUUUGUUGGAUAACAGUUUCUCUGGAUGGUAGUCUUUUUUACUUUAUCAGGAAUUAAACUCUCAGUCCUUUGAUAGACAGUCCAGCUUCCUGGCUGCUUACCGAGGCUAAUACCUCGUGGAUAUGGAAGUGAAAGCCUCUGAUUGUUGCAACAAUGGUAUGUUUGAUGUAGUAGAUGAGUUCUUAUGUCAAUCGACUCCAAUAACCUUUCAACAUCAUUUUCUUUAAUUUUUAUCUAGGUUCCCCUUUUCACUUUAUAAAGCUUUAAAGUAUACGUUCCUUCAUCACAACAGUAUCUUUGUCAGAAGGUCCAGGUCUUCCUUAUCCCUUCUCUUUGUCUUAAAUGCACCAGCGUUAACAGCUACACAUUCAUCUUUAUUACAGCUUCAAGUAUUAUGUGAUUUUUUUUUUCAAGUUAAGGAGCAAGAAGUGCAUCAAUGUGACAUGUUCUUAGACAGUUUUAGCGCCAACUUCCUAGCUUCUCCAUUUGUGCCUUGGUCUCUUCACUUUUAAGUCCACUUUUCAUGUUAAAUCGGCAAAAGCGGGAAAAAAGUGAGAGUGGUACAAGGUUUGAAUUCUGAUUAAAUUUCGCAUCAUGUCAUAGAUAGCACAUUAGUUAGAUAGCUUCAGUGUAAAUUUUUCAUCAACCUCAAGUCGAUGCUGCCUGGCUUGUUGGAGCAAUGGGCAGAACAUUAUUGAUAAAGGUGAUCUGUGUUGGACUUGUGAUAGGGGUCUCCUCCCCUUAGAAUGGCACUUGUUGUGCAGCUACCACUGUGACUUUACAGCAUUGAAAUCAAGCCCUUGUUUUGAUGUGCAUUUCUCCACCUACGCCCCUUACAAACUGUGGUAAUUUUUUAUUUUUGUUUUUUCACAGCUCCCACUUUCUGCUUAUUUUGUUCUUUGUCCUCUCACCAUGAAGUAUCACAUUGAUGUUUUCUUGGUCGUUCAUUUAUCUUGUCAUGAACUCACUUACCUGUACACAGCUAUGUUCUGUAAGUUGUUCUGUUUUGUUUCUAGAAUGGUCAUUUUAAGUCUUCGAUCUAAAAGACUUCAAAGGCUGUUGUAUAGAUGUUUCUUUAACUUGGAUUGUAACACAGUCCAGACAGGGAAUAAAAAAUAAUUCAAAAUGAAUAUA